CGAGGCACGUCGAGCGUCACAGGCCCCGCCCAUAGGGCACGCCGGCGCGGUGCGACCUCACUGAGUCGGGCCAUGUCGCUGGCAGGUGCACCUGAGGUGAUCCGGGCAGCGCAGAAGGACGAUUACUACCUGGGAGGCCUGCGGAGUGCGGCGGGUGGCGCGCUGCACAGCCUAGCGGGUGCAAAGAAAUGGCUGGAAUGGAGGAAAGAGAUUGAACUGCUCUCAGACAUAGCCUACUUUGGCCUCACCACAAUUGCAGGCUACCAGACACUUGGAGAGGAGUACGUUGGGAUCAUCCAGGUGGACCCAUCCCAGCAGCAAGUGCCCUCCAGGCUCCGCCGUGGGGUGCUGGUCACACUGCAUGCUGUCUUGCCCUACCUGCUGGACAAGGCGCUGCUGCCCCUGGAGCAGGAACUGCAAACCGAUGGUGACAGUACACGGGCUUCACAGGGAAGUCUGCUAUCUGGAGGACGCAGCCGAUCAGGGGCAAGGCGCUGGGUGCGCCACCAUGCAGCCACCCUGACAGAACAGCAAAGGAGGACGCUCCAGCGGGCAGUCUUUAUCCUUAGACAGGGCCUUGUCUGCCUCCAUCGGUUCCAUGUUGCUUGGUUUUAUAUCCAUGGUGCCUUCUAUCACCUGGCCAAGAGACUAGCAGGGAUCAGCUAUCUCCGGACUCGCCGCCUACCUGCAGAGGACCUGAGGGCUCGUACAAGCUACCGACUGCUGGGACUCAUCUCCCUGCUGCACCUGGCACUGUCCAUUGGGCUGCAGUUGUAUAGCUUCAGGCAGAAGCAGCGAGCUAGGAAGGAGUGGAGGCUGCACCGCAACCUGUCCCACCGCAGGAGUUCCCUGGAAGACAGAGCUGUUUGCAGAACCCCACUAUGCACCCUGUGCUUGGAGGAACGAAGACACUCCACAGCUACACCUUGUGGCCAUCUCUUCUGCUGGGAGUGCAUUACUGAGUGGUGCAACACUAAGACAGAGUGUCCCCUGUGCAGGGAGAAGUUCCCACCCCAGAAGCUGGUCUACCUGAGGCACUACCGCUGAUCAUCACCGAACAGCUCUAAGAAGUGGAUGGAAGUUCACAGCAUUUAUCCUCAGCACUGUGAUUGCACAGAAGUAUAAAAUCCUCACACACUGUUCUUUGUCAUGUAAGCUACUAGUUACCUGGGAAGAGAAAGGGUCAGGGGCAAAUGGGCAAUACUCCAUAUGGGGUAGGAGAGUCUGUUGCCCCUUAUCAUGGCUUCUUCUGAGUUUCUGGAGGUAACGGGUUCCUCCUCCCUUCCCAAGCCACACAGCUGAAAACUGCUUCAGAAGUUGGGGGAUGAGGGGGGUUAACUCAGGUCUGUGUGAGAGGCAGGGAUGAGGGUUAGGGUAGAAGAGAAGCACUGCACUGUGGGCUCCACACCAACCAAGGUCUGCACUCCUAACACACUUGCCACAUGCUAUUAAUACAUGUUGCCAACUCCUUAAGAAAAAUGAAGGUCUUCAUCUUGGCCUAAUGGGUAGGAAUGGGGGCUCCCUGAGUUGCAGAUUCUUUUUAAUUGUAUGAAAGUGCACACAUGCCACAGCACAUGCACGGAGAUCAGAGAACUUGCAGGAGUUGGCUCUUUUUGUCACGUUUUUCAGGGAGUAAGUUCAGGUUGGGCUGGGCAGCAGCAUCUUUACUUUUGAACAUCUCACCUACCUGGCAGAAUUGGCUUGGAAAUAAACCAAUUUCCAUGUGUCUCAGACACCAGUCCUCUGAGGAAGUUAGGUGAGUUGUAUCUGCUUGGAGGCCUAGAUGAACAAGUGUGACCUGCUUACCCAAUGUCACUUCUGUGUCCAGCUCCCUCUUAGCUUGUCCCUAGCUUGUUUCUUGCCUCCAUUUGACAUUUCCAAGUUUUUAAAAUUAAUUCAUGUCAAAGACAACCUGGCACAUCUUUUAAGAGAUGUAAUUCCACAGAGUAGGUACAUUAAGAACAGAUCUGCCGGGGCGGUGGUGGCACACGCCUUUAAUCUCAGCACUCGGGAGGCAGAGGCAGGUGGAUCUUUGUGAGUUCGAGGCCAGCUUGGUCUACAGAGCGAGAUCCAGGAAAGGCACAAAGCUACACAGAGAAACCCUGUUUCGAAAAACUAAAAAAAA